UCACCCGCCGUCCGUCCGUCCGUCCGUCCGUCGCCAUGGCUGCCGCGAUGGGCGCUCAGGCUCAGGCUCAGGCCGAGCUGGAGGCCGCGCUGCUCACCGCCCACAACCUGCAGCACACAGAGCGGCUCAUCCGCCAGCACGUCGAGCAGGUAGACGGCGCCGGCUUCACAGUCCCCGAGUUUGACGAAGGUUUGGAAUGGAUAAACACUGAUGGUCCUCUCCGCUUGCACACUGACCUGAGUGGUAAAGUGGUGGUGCUAGAUUUCUUUACUUACUGCUGUAUCAACUGCAUGCACUUGCUGCCAGAUCUUCAUGCUUUGGAGCAGAAAUAUUCUCAUGAAGAUGGACUGGUAGUUGUUGGUGUCCAUUCAGCAAAGUUUCCGAAUGAAAAAGUUCUUGAAAACAUUCAGAGUGCUAUUCUUCGUUAUAAUAUUACACAUCCAGUUGUAAAUGAUGCUGAUGCAAACCUGUGGCAUGAACUUCAGGUGACAUGUUGGCCAACACUUGUAAUUCUAGGUCCAAGGGGAAAUAGACUGUUCACCCUGGUUGGAGAAGGACACAGAGAAAAGCUUUUUUCCUUCAUUUCGGUGACAUUGAAAUAUUACAAAGAAAAGGGCAAAAUUAAGGAUCAAGGAAUCAAACUGAAAUUAUACAAAGACUCUUUGCCACCUUCUUCUUUGCUUUUUUUGGGUAAAAUUGCAGUGGACAAUUCCACGGGUAACCUAGCAAUUGCUGACUCUGGCCAUCAUAGGAUUUUGGUAAUAGAAAAACAUGGACAAGUUCGUUACUCCAUUGGAGGAAAAAAGAGCGGAUGGAAAGAUGGGAGUAUUUUAGAAGCCACUUUUAAUUCGCCUCAGGGGAUAUUGAUGAAAGAUAAUAUAAUCUACGUGGCAGAUACUGAGAACCAUGCAAUUAGAAAGAUUGACCUUACAACUGAAAAGGUGAGCACCAUAGCAGGAACAGGAGUUCAGGGAACUGACAAGGAAGGCGGCAAAAUGGGAGUCAAACAAUCGAUAAGUUCACCGUGGGAUCUAGCUUUUGGCUCUAUUGGUCAUGCUGAACACAAUCUUUUGUUUAUUGCAAUGGCCGGCACUCAUCAAAUAUGGGUCAUUUUUUUAGAAGAUGGAAAACUUCCAGGUGGAACUGAGUACAAGAAGGGAACUUGCGUUCGUUUUGCUGGAAAUGGUCAUGAGGAAAAUAGAAACAAUUCCUAUCCUCGCAAAGCAGGAUUUGCUCAGCCAUCAGGCUUGUGUGUAGCUCCCCGGGAGUGGAAUUGCCUUUUUGUUGCAGACAGUGAGAGCAGCACAAUCCGUUCUGUAUCACUAAAGGAUGGUGCCGUAAAAAAACUGGUGGGAGGAGAAAGGGAUCCUAUGAAUCUGUUUGCUUUUGGAGAUCGUGAUGGUAUUGGUAUGAAUGCAAAGUUACAGCAUCCUCUUGGUGUGGCUUGGAAUGAAAAAACAAAACUACUGUAUGUUGCUGAUUCCUACAAUCACAAGAUCAAAGUAAUAAAUCCAAAAACAAAACACUGUACUACACUGGCAGGAACUGGCAAAGCCAGUAAUGUAAUUGGUCCUAAUUUCAAACAAGCCACAUUUAAUGAGCCUGGAGAUGUGUGUGUUGGAGAAAAUGGUAAUGUCCUAUAUGUAGCCGAUACCAACAAUCAUCAAAUUAAAGUACUGGAUUUGGAAAGGGAGACAGUGUCUGUGCUACCAGUCACUUUCGUCGAUGCUGUAGAUUCUUCCCAAUCUAUAAAACCUAAGAAAGGUUCUAGGUUGCCAAAAUCUGCAGUUUCAGUGCAACAGACACCAUUAGUUGUAAGACCUUGUCAAACACUGCAGUUCCAUUUGAAAAUUGAACUUCCAGAAGGAGCAAAGCUCACUGAGGGGGCACCAAGUUUCUGGGCUCUCUGGGCAGAAGACCAUGAGUGGCUCUUUGUGGGCCAGAAGAUCGAUGGAGAAAUUGUUAAUCUGGAGAAUGAAAUCGUCUUUGUGGUUCCAGCACAAGUGCAGACAAAUGAACUUGUGUUAUCAAUCGACGUGUGCCUCUAUUUUUGUAAUAAUGACAAAAAAUGUCAAAUGAAAGGAAUCUCAUUUAAACAACCGUUAGAAUUUUCUAGCACAUGUGAAGAAAUAAUUUCAACAGUGGACCUUCCCUUCAAUUUUUAAAUAAAUAACAACAGCCAACUAUUAAGGUAUUAAAAACAUAGCAACAUUUAGUUGCGAUCUUUCAGAAUAGUGAGCUAAAUUUUAACAUGCUAUAACGGGUUAAUAAAUAGAUUAUUUCCGAUGAGUUCAAACUCAUGGGAGAGCCUUACUACUGUAAAAUGUACAACUUAGCAUUGAAACUAACAGUGUAAAUUCUGUCACGAGGAAAGCUGACCCAGAAAUGGAAAAGGUGAUUAAUCUUUUGCAGUUCCAAUUGUGAGUCGUUUUGGUGGAAAUGCAAGGAAGUUUCAUUCUGCGCUUUGCUCUACUGAAGAGUGUUCUAUUAUCAAAACAACGCCUGAAAUUAGAAAAUGCUGUAUUCUAAAACUUCACUUACUUUGCUAAGCACAAUAUUCAUUUAGAGAAAGUUCAUUCUGUUUUCAAUGCUAUUUUUGUUUUAAUAUAUCUGAUUAUUCUGCAAAUUGUAACUGAAAUUUUCUUGUUAAAGCACUUUCAAUGGGAGAAAUGCCCAAUAAAAAUCACAAGGAAAAUGCAUGUAACCAGAGUUUUAUCAAAUACCGAGCGUGAAAGAGCUUUGUGUAAUUCCUGGCUCCGCUUCAAUAUUUUGCUAAUCAUCAGUAAAAAUUAGUUGCAGCAGUGAGAUCCCUCUGUGGCAUUUCAAGGUCACAAUCAGUGUAAUUUUAUUUUUGAAAUACAAACAGAUGUGACUUAGAACCAGUCCUAAAUUGCCAUACUAAAUUAUGAAUGUGGUAAAGAGUUUGCAGUUGCAAAAAUAUUCAUUUUUAGCAAAUAACUAUUUAAGGUUCAAUCAAAGUACCAAAUGAAUUGGAUGCAAAAGAAAAUAAUAAAUAUUAUUUAAAUAACAUAUAUUAGUACAUUAAGAGUUUCUAAAUUUACACACAGAUCUUGAGUGAUAAGUAAAACCAAAACCAUUUGGAGUUGUGAUAAGGGUUUCAUAAUGAUAUACAUUAAUGUCUGGGCUACAAAAUAAUUUGGUACCAUUAAGCUGCAACAGCUUUUUUGACAGCAUGGAAUUAAUCUUGCACCUUUUUCGGAAUUGUUACAAACAACACCAAAGAAAGAUUUGUUUUACUUUUGUUUUUUGUUACCUUGUGUUUUAUGGAUUUCUGAAUAUUUGUGAAAUAUUCCUGGAAUACUCUAUGGCUUUGAUGCUUUUAAUUGACCUGCCCAUAUAUAAAUGUACAGAUUUUUUGCGCUACCAGUUUUGCACUCGCAAUAAAGAUAUAAUAUUUUUGUGUAAAUUGCAAUUAAUUUGUUACGUGUAUGUUAAAUUACUUGGAGUAAACUUA